AAACGAAGAUGAAGCACGUGCAAUGUCACAAAGUGUGCUCACUGGGCUAAACUGGUUACAUAAAGGAGGUUACAUUUAUUGUGAUAUCCGACUACCAAAUAUUCUCUUUAUUCCUGGUGAUGCAGAUUGUAAAUAUGUUCUUAUCGAUUUUAAACAUGCUAAUGUGGAUGGAUUAGUAACAUUUAAACGGUUGAAGGAUUGGGACAAUAAAACACUCACAGAGCAUAAUGAGUAUAAAAAAAAAUCUGAUUUGUAUCAAUUUGGAAAGAUGCUUAGAGAUCUUAAUAUGGUGAAUUCAGAAGCUGGAAAGAAAUUUUUAGACGGUUUGAGAGAUAAAAGCAUUAAUAUAAAAAAUGUACUUCGUUAUGAAUGGUUCAG